AUGUCAACCAUCCAUGAUGUUGAUAAACCUGAGCUGGUAGCUCUGAUAGGGCAAGUGUUUGAGUCGUAUGUAACAGAGCACCACACGACUGACAUUAUGCAGAUCCUUCUGGCGCUUGAUGAAGAUGCUCACUACUCGGUGGUCAGCAACACCAUGACGCUAACCAACAUGGAGGUGGGAGACUACUUUAACGCCUACCCCAGCGAGGUAGACGUCAACAUCUUCAACAACGCCCUUCACAGAGCUGCCAAGACGGUGUCAGUGAACUCAACACAGCAAGGCUGCCACAAGGUCAAACACCACCUGCAUGCCCGAAUCACAGAUCUUCCUCUGUGUCCAGAGCUCACCAGGGAGAACAUCCCCAAGUCUCGGAACGCAGGUCACUUCCUGUUCGUAACAGACACGGUCAUCCGCACCAGUGUGACCAAGUCCCUGGAGUAAAGGGACUAAAUGUGUGCCGUCAUGUGCUCUAAGUGCCGUCAUGUGCUCUCCCUGCAAAACGACUUGCCCACCUACUGCCGGAUGGAGCUCCCACCUACUGCACCAACCAGGACCUCUGUUCAGGCUGUCUGUGGGCAGUAUUCCAUGGUGGUCAUUCUGGAGGAUGAUCUGGUGGACAGCUGUAAAUCAGGUAACACUGACGAUGUCACAGUGCAUGGAGUAGUUUGUCAGUGAUGGAAGCCCCUGUAUGAGGGCGCACAUUGUGUACUGGAUCUAGUGUUGAAAGCCAACUUUAUUGAAGUGAACAAUGAGCAGACCAUGGCAGCUCUGGUCUUAGAGGACAUGCAGAAGGAGUUUGACUAGCUCUGGGACAAUUGCAAACAUGACCCUAUAGCUGGCAGGAAGCAGAUUCUCAUGAGUCUGUGCCCACAGGUGUUUGGAAUGUACGUAGUUAAGUUAUCUGUUGCUAUGGUGUUAGCCGGUGGGGUGCAAAGAAUUGAUCCCUUUGGAACAAAGGUAAGAGGCGAGUUUCAUCUUCUGCAGGUGGGAAAGUUUCUGAAUUACGCUGCUAAAAUCACUCCCCUCUCAGUCCUCACUGCUGGGAUUUUCUCUCCUUCCACAGGUCUCACGGUGGCAGCCGUGAAGGACUCUUGGGAGUGGCAUCUAGAGGCAGGAGCUCUGUUGUUCAACAGCAUCAAAGAGCACGACCGCACCACUAUCCACGGAACCAUGGAGAAGCAGACCAUCACUGUGGUCAAGGCCAGCAUUGUGUGUAAACUGAACACCGGGACAACCAUCUUGGCAGCAUCCAACCCUAAGGGCCAGGAGGACCCCAACGUGCCUGUGUCGGUCAACGUGGCCCUUGCCAGUUCCCUGCUCAGCCGUUUUGACCUGGUCCUUGUCCUACUGGAUGAGCCCUCCAGGAGCUCCCAGACAGUCAUAGGAGUCUCUGCAUGCAGGAGAGCCUCAGCCGCCUCGCAGAGCGCGGGACAAAUAUAA